UGGAGGCGGAUACGAGUCAGAGCAGAACUACUGUAGAUGCUCGAAUGAAGAUGCCAGGUGCGCUGUCGUUUAGCUCAUGUUUUCUGCUUUUAGCUGUAGUUUUCCGUGUCGGGACAGCGGCAGAGGUCUCCAUAUGGACGGUGGACAUCAACUCGGUCAGUGUCACUCCUUCAGCUCAGACAUUUAUCCUUAUUUGUCAGUUUCCUGUCGUCCUACUGUAAGUCUUCCGUAGCCGGGGAAGCUAGUUAGCCUGUAGCAUCACACUCCAUGUUACAUCCUUUUAUUUACACACUCCGAGCUUUGACAGCUCAGGUUUUUCCAGCCUGACACCAAGAGCAUUUCAUGAGGAAUGACUUAUCUUACAUUACUUUUAAUUACAGCUGUUAAUCUUUGCUAAAUGUAGCUGUGUACUUCAAGUAAAUCAGGAAAAACAGGUGAUGUUUCAGGAUACUGUGUACGGUAUCUACCACAGAGGGAUGUAUCCCUGCUAAUAAGUAAUGAAUUAAAACUCGUAUGUUUGUACUUGUGCAAACCUAGCUUUAAUGAUAAAGCAGUUUGAAGCUUAUUUGUGAGUAGUGCUAUGUUAUUACCUUGAAACCCUUUGAAAUAUGUGUUAUGAAGUCUGAUCUAAAGUCAUUAAAUUUGAUAUGUGGCUGAUCUGCUCUUUACUGAAUUAUCUUACACCCUCUUUUGUGAUAUUGUGUCGUUAUAAACUCUGAUUUGACUUAAUACAGUCCUUAAAAAAUGCACUUCUUACUUUAAUGGUUUAUAUCUCUUGGGUUUUUAUUGUUUCCAGCUCCUAAAAAGUGCAAAUCCUUCUUAUUCUCAUGCUCGAGCUGCUGCUGGAUGAUAACCCCUUUGUCUCUGUUGUUUUUUUAGACGCAGGAUGCUGUUUUUCGAAAGACGCUGUACGCCAACACCACUAUCUUCAUGAGGUGUAAGCAGCCUGAACCUUUUCGUCUCUGACAUACUGUGUGUUUUAGGAAUGCCCAACAUUAUCACCAUUAUUAAAGCCUGAAGGUGUACACAGACAAAUAGCUGUUUGUAUUUACGGUAGAAUCAAGAUUAUUUAAUGUCAGCGUCUAAGACAAACAGACUAUUAAAAUAAGAGUUACAGGUUAGUUCUGAGACAGCGGCGGCUUGGUGAAAAAACAAAGGUGUGGGCAUAUGUGUGUGUUAGGAUCGGUGUAGCGACUGCUCUCCUUCAACAAAAAGGCUGCUGGGGUUUCGGUUCGCUUGCAUCUGUGACUCGUUCAAUUAUCAGUCAGGUUAGAGUGAUAAAAAGUGGUUUAUUGUUCCAGAAAAGAAAGAGAAAAUACACUGAUCCAGGUCUAAAACUUUUGCCUUCCAAUAAAAAAGUGAUAAGAUGAAAUGAGGUUAAAACAGGACAAGUGAAACGGUCAACAGAAAAUUAUCAGACCUUGUCUAACUAGCCUGGUGAGAUUUAAAUAACCCGCCAAACAUCCCAAAACCACACCCCUCAGUGAUGUACCUAAUAGAAAGCAUGCUUUCAACAAAUAUAUUUUGGCUCCUACAAUCAGAUAUCAGUAAAAAUCCAGUUUUAUGAACCUCUAAUUUGUUAGUUUCCUCUUUCCUUAAACAGGAUUGAAGACUACAGAUUCAUGUCUAUGAUGAUGACGCUGCUUUAACUGCAGUACCUCUCAUCUUUAUAGACUUUUGAUCCUCUUACAGAGACUGAACCUUUCAUUGUUUACGCCUCACUACCAGUAUUCAGUUUUUAUGUAUAAUCUGUACAUCGCGUUCCAAAUUAUUAUGCAAAUGAUGUUUUUCUCAGAUUUUCUAAAUAGCCAGUGCAAAUGACAGUCAGCAUAAUUUUCAAGUCAUUAACCAUCAAAGUUUAAUCUAAAUGUUAUUGAACAAACCUCCCAAUGAUAACAGUAUUUUUCUCAAAAAUAAAAAACUUAAAAUGUACUUUUCCAAAUUAUUUUGCACGACAGAGUUUCAAAACAUUUUAUAGGUUGUAAGGAACUGAAAAUGGUCGUUUGUUGAAUUUGCAGCAUAAAAGGAGGUCAUAUUUACUGAAAUGAAAAGCUAUUUCAAUCAAAAACAUCUUAGCAGGUCAAGUUACAUUUCAACAUAAGACCCCCUUAUUUGACAGCAGCUUCAAAAUUCUUGCAUCCAUCGAACUUGUGAGUUUUUGGAGAGUUUCCGCUUGGAUUUGUUUGCAGGACGUCAGAAUAUCCUCCCAGAGCUGCUGUUUGGAUGUGAAUCAGCCACAAAUCUCUUAACAGUACGAUGACAACGCUUGUGUUUUCGUGAAAUAUCGAAGGUUUUCAUUCCUUGUCCAAAGCAUUCAACUAUUUCAUGCUUUUCAGCAGCAGAAGAUCCUUUUUCUUUCCCAUAUUGCUUAAAAAAGUGUGUCUGCUUAAUAACGUGGAACCUCCUUCUUUAGUAGUUAAUUGAUCUCACCUGGUAAACUAACGAUUACAGGUGUCUGAGAUUGAUUUCAGUGAUCAAAACAGUGAACCUUUAUGACACUUAAAUACAAUUUGCAUAAUAAUUUGGAACACAGUGACUGUGUGCACCUCUAGAGGCACUGAUAGCUGUUUGAUUUGAAGCAAACACUCAGGUACAGUACAUCCUUGUUGUUUCUGCUUUCCCAAGUGGCAAACUCCACCCAUCACACUGUCCAAAUAUUCAGUUCAAGGUUAUAAACAAGCCCGUGUUUUGAUACAGUGACGCAUGAGAGAUGAGGGUGGCCUCAUCUCUCACCCUCUGCCUCUCUUUCCUCUGACAUGUUAUGAUUUACUCUCAAAAACACAAACAACCAAAAAAAAAAAAAAAACAAGAAAUAAAAAAGCAGCGAGUAAAAUCCAAGCAGCACUUACUCAUUAACUUCAGGCUCGCCCACAUGUGAGUCAAGUUCUGGAUAUUUCUUUCCAACGCGAGUUUGUAAACGUGCAGCAAGGUCACAGAUCCGCAGCCAAGUCUGACAGAUUUUUGGCGCCGCUCAGAGAUCCGAAUCUCUCACGCCCGACCAAAGCUGUGGGUUUCUUGUUUGUUUGUGUGUCUGAUCUUUGUGAUUUAUUACUUUUGAAACCCUCAGACAAACACAGACAGUGAGAGUUGAAAACGCAGCAGCACCAGAGAAGACUUCAACACAUGAACAAAGCGAGGAAAAUUCAGAUUAUUACAAAGAGACAGAAAUUUGAUGAACUUUAAAAACUCUUCUUGUUGUUGAAAAUGUUGUUUCGUUAUUUCUCUGCAGUCCAGGGUGACACAGCCUCAUGUGACAGAAACCUGGCCUUCAACAUCAGCUGGUACCUGCGCUCCUCUGUUUGCUACAAUGAGGUCUUCAACACACCUGUGAGUGUUUACUUUGGCUGAACGGUGACCGAGUUCCAACAGUUUCCCUAACAUGCAGUUAAUAUUGAAAGAAAGUAGUUUUAUACACAUGGACACUGAUCUAAUUCUUCAGUGAGUCCCAUAAAAAACUAAAAAGGUUCAUCUUAAGGUUAUUCGCUAUAGACUUUAUUCAAACUUCACCUGUUUCCAGAUGUUUCGGCGCUCAGAUUUAUCACAUUUGCAUGUUGUUUUUGAUUUUUGCAGGAUAACAAAGCGAUGAACAUGUUCGGUAUGGACCACAUGUUGAAGGACGGCUGGAGCGGUUUCUACAGUCAGGGUUACAUGUACUUCGAGAACUGCUCCUCCCUCUUCUUACCCAAGGUUCGUGAGCAGAUGAUCGGUUCAUGAAUCACCUGAUCUGAAGUCUGAGUGAUGACCAGUUUUCAUAUGUCUCUUCACUCUUGCCUCUCUCUCAGGUGUAUUAUCCCGACUUCAACCCAUAUCAGCCCCUCAGUAGCCCAAAGGUGAGUCAACAUGAAGCUCAAAUAAAAGAGAUUUAUGUGUUUGUUUGUGUGUGUGUGUGUGCUGUUCUCUCUUUUACACAUUUCUUUCUUUCGCUUAGAGUGACCCGUCGAAUCAGAGCAUCGUGUGGCCCGACAAGCCGGUAAGACACGUUGGUUCAGAACUUCAGGAAGAGACUCGUCGCUUAGUGGACUUUUUUUUGUUACAAACUGAGAUCACAGUCAUGGAUGUCUUCAGAUGCCGCUGAUUCACCAUGAAUAAAAACUAAAAACAUAAUAAACAUAUAAGCAGGAAAAGCAGUCGGCUAUUAUAACCCACUUAGAGCAAAGAUUUAUUUUGUAAAGGUGUAGGAUAAAACACAGGAUCCAAGUUUAAUAUAUGAUUACCGUGACAACCGUACUCUGAAAACAUGUUCUGCAAAUAUUUGAGAUCAUCAGAGUUAAACUUUGAAAAGAGUAAACUGAGAUUUUAGUGCUGAACAGAAAUAAUCUGGUUUUAAAUUCUUGUUUUGAGGAUUUAAUCCAAACAUUUUGUUUUAAAGCCACAGAUAAAAACAUAAAAUCAAACUCUUUAAUGUUUUGCACGCUGACAUGUUUCUGCAGGAUAUCGGCGCCGUGGCCAAAGCCUGGGAGGACAGUCCGUAUCUGUUCAUCGUGAAGGUGCAGCCUUUGUUCAGAGGGCUGGAUGAUGAAGACAUCGAGGCGGAGCAGCUCAACUUCGCCUUCACAAGUAAGAAACACGACUCCCACUUUAAAACAAAAAAACUUUAAAAUAUUCAGAAAAAUAAACCAGAAAGAGUGAAAAGAAACGCAAAAUUCACUUUUUUGAAACUUUCCUCCUCCAGUGAAGGUUGAGAUGAAAGGACCACACGACUACUCCUCUCCGGCAGACUGGCCUCUGAUGAUGGUUUGUGUUCAAUAUUAUAUCAUUAACUUUGAUUAAAAGAACUUAAUUUAACUGUUAGGAGCCGUCUGUGGUGUAAUAAUCUCAGCGCAAACACGAGACCGAGAGCGCGACACCAGAGCACGAGCUCUUACUGUGUCUGAGUGAAAAGCAUGUGGGCGUGGAAGUGAAACUAAAUUUUUCUUUUUCAGUAUUUUUCUGUUUAGUUUUUAAAAUGUCAGAAAAGUUCAAAGAUGUUGAUCAUGAAUCUUGUUUUCUGGUCUCAGAGACGUUCAAACAAACAGAAACCAGUAUUUAAGAGACUCUGUGAAUGUUGCGUUUAUUCCCGGAUUAUGUCUCAUCAGUUUUAUCUCCAUCUGUAAACUCCUUCCUUCACAGUUCUUCAUGGUCAUGUGCAUCGUGUACGUGCUCUUCGGGGCUCUCUGGCUCUUCUGGUGCGCCUGCUACUGGAGGGAUCUGCUGCGGAUCCAGUUCUGGAUCGGCGCCGUCAUCAUCCUGGGCAUGCUUGAGAAAGCCGUGUUUUACUCCGAGUAUCAGAGCAUCCGCUACAAAGGAGACUACGGUCAGCUGAUCUCAUGUCGAUGUUUGUUUGUCUUCUCCAUCCUGUCCUCCUCAGUGUGUUUUAACUCGUUCGUCACACUCUUCUCCACAGUACAAGGUGCUGUGAUUUUCGCAGAGCUGCUCUCUGCGCUCAAAAGAUCUUUAGCUCGGAUCCUGGUCCUCAUCGUCAGUCUUGGUUAUGGCAUAGUCAGGUGAGUUUAACCCCGAAAAACAGCCUCAAAACUACAAAAGGACUCACUUUAGCUAAUUCUAAUGUUGAUUCUCUUAUUUCCAUCGUUGUUAGACCCAGGCUGGGCACCACGGUACACCGGCUGGUCGCUGUCGGACUUCUCUACCUGAUCUUCUCCUCUGUGGAAGGAGUCCUGAGAGUGACCGGCGUGAGUAUCAGUCAAUAAACUCCACCUAAAGCAUGACUCACUCAUACUGUCGGUGCAAUGAUCGCUCGGAUAGCUCUGUCUGUAACCUGCAGAGUUAAAGGUAGGGUUGGUAAUCUGAUUUAGAUACACUUUUUGUUUUUCUGGUUAAAAUGAUCUUGAUCUUAAAAUGAUAAAAAAAAGAGCGAAACACAGUCGCUAUAUACAGCAGGAGUAAAACUGGGAAAACACCAACCAAUCACGUUGUUUGGGUCCCACAUUUUUAAACCAAUCAAAUCCUGCGCUCGCCUCUUGCGCGUACAUGUCGCCGGCGUACAGAGAAACUACCUAUACCCAGAUUAACAGUGACCACUCCUCCUGCAAAAAAGAGCAUGAAAAGAAAGAUGGAGACAGAAAGCGAGGGCAAAAACAAAAGUCAACAUCAGGACGGCUUUUCAGCGAUGGAGAGACCUGAAAGAGGUCAAAGGGUUUUAGACGUGACGCCAUGGUUGCUCAUUUUCUGUUGGAAAGGUACGCUGAGGGUUUGUUUUUCAAUCUUGAUCAAGUAUUUCGUCAUGUUGCUUGUUAUGUUGUCAUCCCAAUGCUAAUGUUACCGUUUUUGUCCCUGCUGUGCAAAGACGUCCCGAUCUAAAGUCGCAACGUUUCGUGCAUGUGAGCGGGAGCGUUGUUUUGGAUGGGAUAGACGAAGUCCUGAGGAGACGCUACAUUCUACCUUUAAUGGAUCCAAACUGGUCUGCAGAUACUGUCUUCUAUUAUCAUACUGCUCCCUAACUCUGAUUCCUGUAUAUUUGUUUUUGUAUGAAGUCUAAACAGGCUGCAUUUCAGGAGCAGAGAUAAGACAUGAAGUGUUGCAGACUCCUCAGAGCUGAUACUGCGGGUGUAUUUUUACACGAAACUGUUGCCUGCUGCAGCUUUUAAGGCGCUCCGAAUAGAUAGAUUUGAUUUGAGAGGAGGAGACGUCGGAGAGGGAAGGUUACACAGGGAUUCAGGCUCUGGGAGGCAGACAUGAUGAUGAUGAUGCUGAUGGAGAAUGACAGAUUUGAUCUGAGAGUGAUUUUCAGACGCUGCAAGUCAGAAAAGUCGUGGAAACAAACAUGAUAGAGAGGAGUGUGAGAGACUGACUGACUGCUUUCAUGAUGAAGUAAUUCCUCUUUGUCCUCUUCUUUUUUUCAGGGCUUCUACGGGACGGUCGCCCUGGUGGCCAAUCUCAGCCUCUCCCUCAUCGACUCCUGCGUCAUGUGGUGGAUAUCCUUUCCCCUGACAGGACAAAAACUUCUGCUUACUUCUGCUUUCAAGCUUUUAAAACAUGACGGUGUUUCUUUUCCUUAAUUCGCUCCCACAUUUUCAUCAGCCUGUCUCAAACCACUCGCCUCCUGAAGCUCCGCAGGAACGUGGUGAAGCUCUCCCUGUAUCAGCACUUCACCAACACUCUCAUCUUCUCCGUCGUCGGUGAGUAACGGCUCUUCAAACGCGCCUCGUUUCAGAGAGAGCUGCCUCGUUAGGAUCGGUUAAACAGACUGAUUUUCACUCAUUAAAGCCUGUUGUGUUUGGAGGAGCCGCUGCAGAAAAGCCUUCAGUGGCUCCAGAGGGUUUAAGAAGCAAGAAUUCACAGUGAGAUAAUACUUGGAUAAACUUUGGGAUAAAAGAGGCGAAUUAACGAGGAAAACUCACUCAUGCUCAGGGAUUGAACGCUGAUGUAGUUUGAGAUUAAAAUGUCAUCAGUUUGGAAAAAGAUCAGGAAUUUUCAGAGAGUAAAAUCACAAAAACAAAAUAGAGUCAGAAAAUGAAGCGGUUUAAGGUGCUGGAGUCUCUUUAAGCACAAAACAAGUCUUUGAAAGUUAUUAGAAAGUGUUACAGGAUACUUUAUCGUCGGUUUUGGUAACAAUCAGCCCUGCAGCAACAGACAGGAAGAAAGUACGAAGAAGAUUAUUGGAAAUAAAGAGAGAAAAACAAGAACAAACCAGGCAGGAUGGAGAAAAACUCAGGGGUGUUUCACAAACUACAAGAAAGUUAAUCUUCAUCUCUCACCCUGAAGGGUCUUCGAUUAGAGGUCUGCUGCUAAACUCUGGCAGUGAGGAGUGAGUUAUGGAGCCGGAGGAGUUUGUUUUUCUUCAAAUACUUUUCCUUUUACAUCAUAUUUUAUCUUUAUGGAGCGGCAUCGGAACACAAGGACUGAACCGUUAAACUGUGUGCAUGUUUACGUUAUUUAUUCGGACUCCAGAGCACGUAUCAUGACGCCGGGCUGUGACAGAUAACCUUCAACUCAUAAAUCAAAGUUACUCUUUGUUAGAAAACAUAAUAACUUGACGUAGCUGCAAAUCAGGGCCACCGUAAAAUCCCCCCCCUUUAAUUUUAUUUAUCUCGGUUGACACCUCCCUCCAAAAUGACUGUUUUUUUGGACAGGCCCAAAAAAACAUGAAAGUGAUUAGCCAUAUGGGUGGGAUUCCCUUCUGUAAUCCUGAUCCCACUGGUGGGAGGUUUCUUCUGCUGUUUCUCUUUCCCAGACAUCACAGUGACUCUGCUGUUUACUUUCUGCCCACAGCUUCCAUCAUCUUCAUCAUCUGGACCACCAAAGUCUUCAAGCUGGUCGACUGUCAGAGGGUCAGUAGUUUGUUUUCUUAUUUAGACUCUCCCUCCGCCCUGACGCCGUCCCGCUCUGAUCCUUUCUUCUGCUCCCCACAGGGAUGGAGGGACUUGUGGGUGGACGACGCCUUCUGGCGUCUGCUGUUCUCCACCAUCCUGCUGGUGAUCAUGGUGCUGCUGCGACCCUCCGCAAACAGCCAGAGGUCAGAGGUCAUCUGGAGGAAGACACCAUGCCUGUACACUAUAAUAAUAAUCAGCAGUUAAACUAACGUCAUGUGAGUUUUUCUCUCAGGUUCUCCCAUUCACCUCUGAUUGAUGAAGAUGACGAGGAAGAGGAGGCCAAGGAGCCCAUGCUGAACGAAGCAUUCGGUGAGAACUCUGAUAUUUGACAUGUACGAGCGGCUCUGUUACAUAAUGUGGUAAAUUAAAAGCCUUGACGUCAUGAGGAAUCAGUUUUAAUACUUCAUGUUGGAUUUUAAAGAGAUUGAACAGGAUAAAAAACGAUUGAGUUUUAAAGUGCUCAAACUUUUCCUGUCCCCGCGAGGAUUCAGAGGUCACUGAUUCGCUCUUUUCAGCGUAAUAAAGACGUGCAGCUGGAGCAGGACUCCGAUGAAAUAUGAAUGUUCAGUUUUCUUGGACGUCUGUAAAGUUCUGAGGAUUAUUUUUUAGUGUCUUAGUGAUCUCUGGAAAACAUCCUCAUCAUCCCCGACCUCUAAAGUUUUGUGUUGUAUAACCUUCAUUAACAGAGGGCAUCGUGAUCCAGAGCUGUGAUCAGAUUUAUUCAGAAACUUCAUCUUAUUAUCAUCAAACUCGAUAAAGGGUUUAAUUUGAUUAUCGGAAAAGAGACUUCUCUCUGAUUUCAGUGUCUUUAUUUUCAGAGGGGAUGAAGAUGAGAGGCUCCAAGCCAGACACGAACGGCUCCCAGAAGCUGCUGAGUAAAGAGGCGCGUUUACACUCUUUAUUUCUCUUCUUUUCUUGAAUUUCAGUAAAUUUCAUUAUUUUUCAUCAUCUCAAACUUGUUUCUUUUUCAGGAUGAAGAUCUGAAAUGGGUGGAGGAGAACAUUCCUACAACUGUUGCUGAUGUGUGAGUAAAAUAACUUGAAGUUUUGGACUCGGUUCAGGUUACCUGGAAUUUUCAAGAACAAGCUUUGGGCUUCAAAAGUUAAUCCACCUUCAAAUGCUGUAUUAUCACGGCUUAUGUAAGUGUAUUACUGCAGCUUUCAGGGUCUGAUCAAGGACAGCGCAGGCGAAAAAGAUGUGCCGUCAAUUCACGAGUAGUUACCCUUUAAAACUGUUGAUCUGAGCCUGAAGUGCAGCUGCUCUUACUGCCUGUUUUCUCUCCAUACAGAGCUCUCCCUGUGAUGCUUGAUGAAGAAGAGGUGAGUUUAUCUCCUCCUGUUUUUCCUAUAAUCAAAAAUUCCUUCACAGUCUCUUCUCUACAUCGAGUUUUUGUUGUAUUUUUGCAGGAAAUCCUCAAAACCAAGAUGGAGCGAUCCAAAAUGGAGUAGAAGCGAGAGCGAGGAGGAGAUGUGAGAUUGAAGAGGAGGCUAAUUUCACUGAGGCAGCGAUGAAUGCGGUCUGAGUGAUCCGAUUAACCAAAAAAACAAACAAACAAACAAGUGGGCGAAGCCAACCUUUCUCUUCAGACACUUUACAUCUUUAGUUUAACUUCACAGGUGUCGUUUCACACUGUAAUAAGCUCAAAGAAGCAUGAAUAACAUGUUAAUGAAAGGCAAUACUGUGGGGGGGGAGGGUGAAACUGAAGAGCACUUUGAUGAGGUUUUAACGUCAGCGGCACAAACUCCGACAGAGACUUUGCUUUUUACACAAACGUCAUAUUUAUUCAGAUCCGCUCCUGUGUUUUUAGAAGAUAGACUGUAUUUAUCAGAGCAUCUGAACAUGCAGGAGAAGUUUCCCACUUUUAUUUAAAAAAGUAAAGGGACCCCUGAUUGGUCAAGCUUUAUAAAGGCGCGGAAAAUCCAGAUGUGAAGAUGCUUGGUAGCAAAGACACUAUGGUGGCCCUACGAGCUGAAGAAAACACAUGAAAUAGGAAAAAUACAAAUUUCUCAAAACUCUCCGACAGCAAAAACACAACAAACCUUCUGAAGAAAACACUAAAACAUUUCCAGUUAGUAUAACAAAGCUAAACAAUUAUCCUAAAUGUCUGCUAGACGGUCAAAAAAGGAGUAAUUUCCUGUUUUAUGGCUCUACAGCCAAGGGCCUGUGUCUAUUAACGACUUCUUUUAAUGUGCGGACUACGUCUGUUUCCACAUUAAACCAGAGCAGUUCUGUGUUUCCAGACUUCUGCAGUUUUAGCUGUUUUUUUAAGUUGCACCCAGUGAUCUCAUCUAAUCUCGAAGGGAUUGAACUUUUGACAACUUUUCCAGCAACAACGACAAAGACGUGAAUGUUCUAGUUUUAUUUUCUGUUUUUAAGGGUAAGAUUUCCAGGUCUGGAGUUGAUGCCAGUGCAUCAUCUUUAUCAGAUGUUAUGGUCCCCACAAAGAGCAGCUAACAAGUUCUCUUGACCAACUUUUGUUCCUGGGCUGGUCAGGAGUGCUCUGAAAUUAAAGUCAUGAGUCAAGCGGCGUUAAUGGACACUGGCCCUAACACAACACUGAUUUUACAACACUCUCAAAUACAGACGCUGGACCUUAUACAUUUCCACAGUGUAGCUGCAGUUCGAAAAUAAUCAGAUGUUUCAAAUAUCAACAUACAUUCCAAAUAAUUGAAGUGGAUUAAAUAAUUUACCGAAACAGUAACCAAUACAUAAUACAUAAGCAGACUUCCAGUAAUAUAAGUAGAUCAGACAUUAGAUUAUUGAUGCUAAAACUACAGUUCAAGGACACUCUGUAUGAACGAAUGUUUACCAACAUUUGCUUAUUUUUCCCCUCAGUGUUUUGAGCUCAUCAGGCCACCGUAGGAAUGAUGAUGAUAUAGAGGAGUAAACCUAUGCUAAUAAUGCCGCUGCGCCGUUUUGAAGAUUGACAGAAAUUUAGAGCCAUUGCAGCACAUCUGAGCUCGGCGUGGGUGUUGAGUGUGAUUUUAAUAGAGUCAAAUAAGAAGUUUAUUUAAGGUCACAAUAAGAAAAUCGCUAAACACUACAAUCUAACUUUUAGGCAAACAUCUAAAAGUCAAUGUUUAGAUUUUUCUUUGUCUUACUUGUAAUCAAAUCAACAUAAUGUCUUUUUAUAUCUCACCGUUAACGCAUAGGAAACAGUUAAUCUGACGAGCUAAUUAAUGAGGAAUAUAAGAGUAAAUAAGCUACUGUUACUUCAUGUGGUAAUAACUGCACCAGUGAGUUUAAUACUUGAAAUAUAUCACAGUUUUCAGGGUUAAACAUGCUUCAUCUUCUUUCUUUUAAAGCUUGGAUUUAUGAGUGAACUGAGGAACACUGUUUUAUUUACCAGGAAAAUAUAAUAUCCUCCAGGUCCUCAUUUGUUAUAAAUAGGGUCAAAUCAAGCAGCUGAAAAUGUGACUCCAAUAUCGCAGGAAAUGAGAGGCUGUUAAAUCCAAACUGAUAACCUCUAAAAAAAAAAAAGGGAACUUUCCAGACCAGGAAGAAGAAGAAAUCACGAGUUUAAAAUUAAGGGUGUUUUUUCCAUCAGGUUUUCACACUGCAGUAAUUUGGGUUCACAGAACUGAAAGCUUUAUUUAGUCACUGAAUCAUAAAAACAAUGAUAAGCUUCACAGAUGUGAUUUCGAAUAUACACGUCAUUAGUUGUUUUGUAUGUAAUGCUAUCACAUGUGCCCUCCACUAACUGGGCUGCAGCUUUGUUAAAGUGUCACCCAAAUUCAGUCACAAAGUAGUUUUCUAAAUAUGAGAAGAAUAAACUCACUCUGUAGAUUCCUCUGAGCCUCUCUUACUCACAUUUUGAAGUAAACGCGCCUCCAUGGGCAGCAUUUUAUCUCCGUCCUUGUGCAAUCUACUACAGAACGUGUGCAUUCCUUAAUUUAUGUUUUUGUUUUUUCUUUUCUUUUUUUUUUAACAUUUGUCUAUGUCUUACUGAAGAUAAUUUUAUUUUAGAGAGAAUCUAAUGCCCAGAUUUCUGGAUGUGUCUGCUUUGUAAUGUGAAGCUGAUGAUAUUGUAUGGCUUUUUGCGUAUGUCCUGCAAAUAAAAUUUAUAUUGAAACUUGGUCACAUG